UGUAUAAAUAGCCAACAGGAAUGACGAGUUACAAACACCUUCAUUUGUUGCUUUAUUAAGAGAUGGAGGCUGUCUGUGUUCUGCUGCUGUUGCUGAGCUGCUGUAGUCUGUCUGGUGCGCAAGUUGAGAGCAGUAGUGAGGGAAACGUCACAAACGAAAUCUCUCAACGCUUUGACGACAAAGUAGGAAACAACUUGAUGAAAGAGCCGAUGGAGAGUCUCGGUGAAGUGGCAGGCACCACCGGCUCCCGAUCGGACAUCUACACUGUGCUGAGAGAACUUAGUGCCAAAGUGGAAGAUCUGGAGAAGGCAGAGAGAACUAAGGUGGCGUUCUCAGCAUCACUUUUCCCAUCAUCUCAACACAGAGGGCCCUUUAAUAUUGACACCACCCUGAUAUUCACAAAUGUUAUCACAAACAUUGGCCAAGCUUACAACUCUGGAACAGGUGUCUUUGCUGCACCGGUGAGAGGGGUCUACUACUUCACGUUCACUUGCAAUUCUGGGACUACAGGAAAAGUGAAUGCGGCCCUGUUGAAGAAUGGCCAAAAAAUGGCUGCAGUGAUUGAAAAUGGUCAUGUUGACAGCAUGGGGUCAAAUAGUGUAAUACUGCAGUUAGAUGAAGGUGAUCAUGUUAACAUUAUCCUCUGGAGUGACAACAGCAUCUAUGAUAAUGGAUACAGGAGCACAUUCACUGGUGUCCUGCUCUUUCCAAUGUGAGGAGAGCGUACCAUUUGCUUUUUGUAUGUUUAAUGAUUGUAAAGUUUUGUAGGAAUGUAUGUACGAUAAUCAAACACUGAUGCUCGUCUUCCUUCAGGAAAUACUGCAGGUGCAUUUCUCCAACGUUUAUGCAAACAGGAUUGUGAAGGUUUUACAAAUGUAUGAUUUAUAAAGAUUCUUAAUCACCAAUACAGUAAAACUGGUUUAUCAGAUGUCACAGAUGCAUAGGAACCCCCCCACUAAGAUACCCAGCACUAACUACAGUGAGCCUGAGCACACUGUACUAGAGCAUAUGUGUAAGGACCGACGCCAGAGAUGAGAAGCAGGUACGGGGAGUCAACAUUUAAUCAGGAACAAACAAGUAACAGGACAGGAACAGUAUCAGCACACGGGUAAACAAGGAUAAAUGACAAUCAAUGCAGAAGCAGGGAACAGAGUUGGGAACCAGACAGAUAUAGGGAAGGUAAUGACAGAAGUGAUUGAGUCUAGGUGAGUCCAAUAAUCGCUGAUGCGCGUGACGGGGGGAGGCAGGUGUGUGUAAUGAUGAUGGCAGGAGUGAGAAGUUCUGGUGAGCCUGGUGCCCUCGAGCGCCAGGGGGGGAAGAGCAGGCGUGACAAUAUGUUUAGUUGAAUUGAAUUUAUUUAGCUUAUUUAACCAAGGAGCCUCAGAAACUGAAUGUACCAUACAUACUGCAGUGUCACAGAAAACAGAUUUGUUAACAUAACCUGGUUUAAUAAAAUCAUUUUUGUUCUGUUCUGGAAAAUAAAACAAAUAUAAGGAUCCAACCUAGCCAUGUCUCUAUAAUGUUGUUUUAUUUGUUUAAACAUUGGUGAUAGAGAAACCAGUUCUUGUUAUCAUCAAUAUCUGCUAUUUCAAGAUUUUGUCAGUUGGCCAUACGGGUAUUAUGUUUAGUUAUUUUCUUCCUUUACUUCUAUGGAUAAAACAUCGACAUACAUUUUAUGGGAAUAUUGUGGAAUGCUCCUUUAAUCAAAAUAUGCUUUUAUGUCUUUGAUGUUUUAUUACCGUAAAAAGUGAAGGGUCGGUGAUGUCAUUUGUUGACGCACAGAGUGGAGUGAACUUUGCUGAUACCAGGGUUGCAAAAUUCUGGUAAUUACGGCAAAAUUCCCAGGUGGUCCAGAAAUCCCAGUUGGAGGAGUCCAGGAUUUCCUGCUUAUUCCCAUCUGAUUCCAGGAAUCUUCUAGCCAGGAUUUCUGCAAUAGCUGGGGAAUUUUUAAAAGUUGCCUGAAUUUCGAAACCCUGGUUACAUUUUAAAUAAACCAAUCCAUAUAUAUCUAACUCAACAUAUGAGGACCAGUCAGACAUCUCAGCAAACCUCUCCCACCCGGUUCGUUGAAAGCCCUGCGAUGGAGUCGGUUUUGGCUGUGGUGGUGUUGCUUUGCUGUUGUGCGGUUGAGACUCAGACAGAGAGUGAGGUUGACGGGCUGCUGAGGGAACUGACAGCCCGGGUGGAGAAACUGGAGAG